AUGCCUCAGUCAAGCCGGGCACCGCCUUCGUCCCUGCGGACCAGCCGCGGACUUGGCCGGCUCUGCCCCGAGUCUCUUGAAAUGUUCUCAGCGGGAACGAGACCCACGACCACCAGCGUCUGCCCGGGAAGGCCGGAGUGGGCGUCCAUGUGUCCAUGGUACCGAACCCCCUGCAGAACCUCCUCCGUCAGCUCAGGAGCCGGGGGGACGCCGCUGCCCAAGGGGGAGCCUGCCCUGGACGCGCGGGAGGCUGGUGUCGGCCUGUGGGCCGCGGAGGUGCCGCGCGCCCCGAGACACCGGGGAGACACCGGGGAGACCGCCUUGUCCUCAGCAGAACCCGGAACGAGCUGCACGUGUCCCCCCGAGGGCCGGAGCAAGAGCGGCUGGACAGCCCGGCCCAUCCCUCAACAUCUGUGGAAAAGGGACAAAGAAACGCGAAGAAACACGCAUGCUUCAGACACGGAGCGCGGCAGGGAAAGCGCUGAGGCCUCCCCGCCGGCCCCGCACAACCCGCUGAAAGGGGAAAGUGAUGCGGAGACUCGGAGCCGCACGACUCCCGCGUCCUCCCCGCGGCCGCCCCGCCUCCCUCCCCGCCGGGCCGCCGCGGCUCGCCCAGGGCCCUCGCGCCCGGCCGCGGCUCCAGCCCGUAGCACCUCCCACUUCUCCGCCUCGCUCGGCCUCACUCGCGUCCCCCCGGCUCUCCCGCUGGGCCGCUCGCCUUGUCUCCCCGCCCACUCGGCGCACGGAGAUGGAGCGAGGACGCCGGCCGCCCAGCCGCUGAGUCUGCGGCGGGAUCGCGCGGGCAGGUAUAAGGAGCUUUUCCCGCAUAUUGCUUGUACUCUGUGUGACUGGAGCUCCAGAGGAGGCGAGGGGGUGGCGGAAUUCUUGAGAAUGCGACUGCAGGUGAGUAGAGAUGGGAUCUUUCUCUGGAAGGAAGCUCUGCUGCCCAUGGAUGGGAAGCCUUCUCUUGGCCUGAGUCUUCUCAGCGCAUCGGGCUGUGCUUGGGGAUCUGGGCUCCAUUCAACUGUUCUCAGGACCCACGGAUACUUGCGUUCGGUCAGGGAUUGAUCAGGAAGUCCUCUCCUUGGCAACAUUCACACGAAUGUAUCUCAUUCUCCGUUCACGGUGUCCUUGCAGAAGACAGAUGGGCAGGAUUUUCUUUUCUUAUCCAUUGUGCGGUCUUAGUUGGGAGAUGGUGUACUCCUUAGUAUUAGUAACGUGGUGAGGGGCACGGUUGGUGCCGGAGGGGACAGGUGUUGCACUGUUUUCCAGAGAAUGCAAGAAACCUCUGUGUAAGAGAAGAAAGAAGAAACCAUUUUUUUCUCUCAAUUUUAAACUUACAAAGUUUGGUUAACAUAUACUUGAAGUUUGGAAGCUUCCAGAGAUGACUAAAAUUCUCUCUACUACCCUAUCUCUUUCACUCACUUUCCCU